UUCUACUUAUCGGGCCGCUUGCGCGCGAGCGCGUGGAGCGCGGUCUCGCGGGAUUCAUCUCGGUGCGCGCGCUGGAGGCCCGUGAGCGGCCCUUCUUUUGCGGGAGCGGCGCCGCCGUGCGACCAGCCGCUCCCAACAAAGGAGCCGCUGCGGUCGCCCGCGACGGUGCCCGUCGAGAGGGGCGCCAUCGCCGCCGCGAGCAGCGAGGGCCGCGCGGGCGGCGGCGGCGGUUGCGGUCCCUCGGGCGUUUUUCGUUGUACUGGGCUCUUCGAGCGGCGUCGUUUCUGCCUCUUCAUCUCCUUUUUCAUUCGCUUUUUUUCCUUCUUAAGGCGCUUUUUUUCCUUACGCAGCCGCCGCGCUUCGCUGUCCUCGCUGCUCGAGGACGACGACGAGUCGCUGCGGCGGCGGCGACCCAUCAGCUAUUGAUGCGCGGCACCGCUCCUGAUAUGCAGUAAUUUCACUGCGACUGCCUGGUCCUGGAAUUUGCAGCAAUGCUUGCUUGCAGCCUGCGCGCAGUAUUUACAGCAAUGCUUGCUCGCAGCCUGCGCUACGCGGCGGCACACUGCUUGUGCAUGAGGCUGCCAGCUGUCAAGUGCUCUUCGACGCCCAAGACUUCAACUGCAGCAGCACGCAGCGGUCAAAACAAUAGGUCGAAACGAGUCAACUCUGCUCGUAAGUCACUUAUUGUUGCGUAUGGCCGG